UCUUUUUUUUCCCAUGGUGCAUUUCAAAUUCACAAAAUGGCGCCGGGCACAACACACGUUUGGAGAUGCAAUCAUGAGGUGUUACAGACCAUCACUGGUCGGUCAGCCAUAACAGCACGGACUCUGAUCGCAGAGGAGCUAACAAACCACAAGCCACUACUGCUGGAUGGCUUGCUGUUCUACAAGCCACACAGUGAGGAGGCAGAGAAGAAGCUGACGGCUGAUAAGAAUGUUGGUCGUCUGGAGCGCCGAUUCCUUCUGCAACUCAGCCAGUUUCUUGAUCUGGAUGCGGUGCAGUGCAAGGAACUAUUUGAAGCGUACAUCCUGAGUGCCUUCCGAGGAACAGGUGCACAGCUGCAGUCAAUUCUGAAAGAUGAGCGAAGUGUUCAGGCGUUACUCCAAAAGGUAUGGGAGUACUACCACACGGAACGCAUGAUGCUUCUCCAUUGCAUCAAACACCUUUUCAGUUUCCAUACAGAUGUGGACCACCCUUACCAGGAGCAGUAUUUGGGGUGUGUCUCGAAGCUGGAGGAAAAGAAAGUAUACGAGAGACUUUUGAAGCAGUAUGAGACCAGUUUUAAUUCCCCGGUACCCACCCGUCACAAGAGGGGUCCUCUAAUGAGUGAGAGGCACAGCAUCAGAUGGUGUCUGCAGGGUCUGAGGGAACAAUGUGAGCUUCUUGAGAUCAUCCUGCUGUAUGUCCGCGAUCAAGACGACCCCACUCAGUAUCUCCUACCUCUCGCACAACUCUUUCAAAAACAAGGUUUUGGGACGAGGCAACCGUAUCGCUAUCUUCUAGAUGCAGAGGACCUAGCUCAUCAUCUCACAGCACGGAUUGGGUUCUUGUGUGGUAUGCUACUGAUCGAGUGCAUGAAUCUCUACAUGCUAAUGACAAUGCCUGAAAAGGGAAGCGCACCAGUGCACACUCUGACCUCAAAUAAAAAGCUUACUGGGGAGCUAACGUCGAUAUUCCAAAGCCUCGGUGGCCAGCCAGCCCACGGGCCGGUCCUUUUGGCCUGGUUGGCACUGAACGGCACCCUGUGGCCGGAUCGCGACAUGGCGCUGGUACGCAAGCUAGGACAGCAGGCUGUUCACCUGCAGGUGUUUCGCUACAUGGCCGCUCAGCUCGACGGGUUACCCAGCCAGCAGAACUCGGUGAUCACCUUACUGUGCCAUGUUGUUGUGUACACCCUUCUAACGAUAGUCCUGACUCUAUUCUGUGAAGACACCUUGGGUGGUCGACAGGAUUUGAUAGAGCUAGCCUGCCAGCUCCUCAGGCAACCCCAGCUUUGUCAAGAGUUCUGGGAAAGCGACAUUGAUGGCGGUAUAUUCUCCCUCCUUCAGUCGUCAACCAACAGCUUCCCCUUGGAUUUUAAUCCGCUCCUAAAGCUUCUCACUCAGCUGGCAAGCGAGGGCAGCAGACAGGUGCUAAUGUAUGUUGAUCGUCUUCCUACGUUCACCGAGCCAUUGGACAACAACAGAUCAGGUGAUCUUCGGAGUACCAAUAAGAGAGGAGUGUUUGAGCUGGUGCGGGACAAGGUAGUCCUGCCGGCAGGUGAUCACUGCGCCGGUUUCAUCAUACAAGCUGGUACUCUUGGAUGUCAAGUACAGCAAGAACGCGGUGAACUGAUUCGCUGGGAUUCUGAUUUCAGCGGAUGGGAGUUGUUUCAUUGCCUCAUAGACUGGCUCCUAGUCCGAAUACGACAAGGGAAUAUCCCUUCAGCCGUCCAAGUCGGCCAAGCUGAAGCCAUCAUAAACCUUGUGACCCAAAUACUGGAAGCUGAUUGGUCACUGGCAUCCAAGCUUCGGCCAAUCACAGACUGCCUUUAUCCAUUGAUUUCAAGUCUGUGUACGUUAACACAACCGCCUCUCAGUCUGUUGGCAGCCUGCAUCAAAUGCAUCACAGUCAUGGCAGCCCACCAUCCCAAGCAGGUGUGGCAGAGAAUACAGAAGAUAGGGUUCCUUCCGCACACUGGAAAUGUCUACAGUGACGUCUCCGUUGCAAUCAGUGGUGAAGGCAUCUACCCAGCAGAGUACGGCAAGCUACUCACAGGCCAAGAGCAGCCGACUGGAGAAUACCCAGUCACUUUAGAAUUCCUACGCCUCGUCAUGACACUCCUGAAGGGACUCUGCACAUCGGAGGUAAACACAGCGACCUCGCAAGAUCUCCUUGCGUGCGUCGUCUUCAUACAGAGGGAGGUGUUCGCCGCGUUCCACAACUGGAGAUACGCGCGCUUUGAUGACAGAGAGAAAGUCGGUCAGUGCAGUUUGGAUAUAUUUCACGUAGCACUUCAUGUUCUGCCAGUCAUUGGUAAGCAAUCAUCCACCGUCAUCAAAGCUGAAUCACCUCGGCCGGGCAAAGACGUCACUAAGAGCGCUGUCUCGGUGCGAGAGACCUGCUUGCAUGGAUUCCUGUUCACGUCGGCCGGGGAGGCGUUGCUGUAUAUCGUCGCAUCCGGUAUCGACACCCUGGAACAAAGAAUCAUCGAUCAAGGAAGUAACUUUGACGGCCCGGCCGAGAGGCUCUCCCAGCUCAUCAAGCUCUCUCUGUCCAUCUUGAACCGUCUUCUCCUCCUGAAGCCUCGAGACCUACCUCCUUGCCCCCUGGAGCAAGCCCUGACCUCUCACACCACCGGGCUACCCCAUCAGCCUCAUCUCAUUGGUCUGAUCGCAGGGUACAUCUACCAUCGACACGACCCAAAGCUGCCGACGCUGGCAACGCUGCUUCUGAAACGAGUCGCCAUGGUGGCUCCAAUGUCAAUAUUUGGUUGUCUGGGGAGUCAAGCAGCAGCCAUUAGAGAUAUCUAUCUGUCUCGCCUUCAGGCUCAUUCAGAGGAUGAAAGGUUAAAGGUCGGCAUCUUGGAGUUGCUGACUGUUGCCGUGGAAACCCAGCCAGGACUCAGCGAGUUAUUCCUGAACUUACAGAAGGUCAAACCAGGUCAGGUUGAGGAGGGAAAGGUGGGCGGUAGCUCCGCCCUCCCAUCGUCUACCCCUAAGUUUGAGAUUGGUGAGGUGAGUUGUCUUCAUGCUGUACUGGACGCCAUUGAAGAAGUCAAGCAGGGUACAACUCAUUGUCCACCAGAUCUACACUGCGCUGCUCUGGGAUUCCUUCAGGCAUUAUGGGAGGACUGCAGAGAGUCGGCGCUGUCUGUACUACGAGCAAGGCCAAAGUUCUGGGUUGAUGUCACCGCUCCAUUGUUCAAAGACCUGCCACCUAUAGAGGGCAGUACACAGAGUAUGAGCACCAACAUCAAGAUUUGUGCCUACGCCUUCAAAAUCUUGACUUUGGAGUGCUAUCAUGUAUCCAGUGAAAAUCUUGAAGAAGGUCUGAAGGUUAUAUUGAAGAAGUUGAAGCAAGAGGGUCGCUACACGUACUGGUCGGGGUGUAUCCGAGGUCUGCUGGAGUCUGAAGCUGGUCACCUGACUGACCUAGAGGAGUAUCUGAUCAGAGAGCAUGAACUCUUGGUUCUAGUCCAGGCCUGGCGGACUCUACUCCUAGUCACUACCUCCACAAAUGGAAAGGCCAUCGAGAUGUCGGAUGUCAAAGUUCAAUCAGCUAUUCUGAGUGACAUUGCCGCCUGCAUCGACUCUCAGUCGUGUCUGUUUGACUCUGUGCUGAACCAGAAAGCUUGCUCGUUGCUGUCCAAUCUCUACAUGUCACUGCUGACCCACUGGUCGAGAACCCAGACCAGCCAAUGGAAGCACGUCAACACGCUGGUAACCGUGCUGAAGAGAAUAACGAACUCCGACUCCCCCGGUCUCAGCCACGCUGCGACGUCCAUCAUGGCUGCACUCACCACGCUCCUCAAACAUCGCACCAGCAAACAAGCUCUUCAAGUAGAAACGAUGGAGUCCCUGCUAGCGAUAACAUCUCUUGCGCUACAACAAAGCAGCAUGUUCUACCUGAACCCACCGAAGAACGCAAACCACGCCGGACUCGUGAGGGAUUCCGACGAGGGCGCUGUUCAGGGGUCUGGGGCGGCAUCCGACGCUUCCCACAACGGCCAGGAGAGGCUGAUGGGAACCCGGGGAACGGCCAAUGGAAUGGAUAUGAGAGAGAAAGACUUCACUGGUGCCCAGCAUGCUUCUAAAUAUUCGAUGCCAACAGUUGCUGCUUAUCUCCUGGAUGAAUUACUCGUUGGUGAGAAGUCAAGGACUGAUGUCUGGCUCCCACUCGUCAGACAGCACGGCAUCUUGAGUCUUCUGCUAACCACCUUACAGUCUUGCAUACAGAUUAAGAGAGGCAUCCAUUACACUGAAGCAGUUCUUCUGUUGCUCUUAGACCUAGCAAGCAUUCCUGAGGCAGCAGAGUCAAUCAUGGUCAGGGGUCUCGUUCAGCAGGUUUGCCUGCCGUUACUUCAACUUCACCAACAGAAUGGAGAGGCUGGUCUGACGUGGAACAAUUCAUCCAAGCCAGAGCAAACAGACUCGUUGACGUGGCCGUCCAUCUAUCGCCAAGCCGUGUCCGUCAUGACUGUCAUGCUGGGUACUUUGAAGCAUACUUUCCUCCAAGACGCCCUGGACUUCUUCGGCGUACAUCGUGAGCGAAUGAUGAAGUGCCUAGAUGCCGUUCAAUACAACCAGAGCAGACCUUGCCUGAUGGAGGUGGAGACUACCAGUGCCUUCAUCUACCGUCUGUCACUCUUCGCUAAGGACCUCGGCUGUCAUAUGAAGACAUGGGAGCUUCAGGCUCUACUGUUUGCCCUGACGUCUCUCACUCAUUGCUGUGUGGCGCUACUCAUCAGACCAAGACUACUUCAGUAUCUCUCGGAGAAGAGUAGCAAGAAUUCUGAGCUUGGUAAGCAGCAGCCGACUGCUCUAACGAUGAGAGUGACUCCAUUGAGACUACGUCAGCAGGUAACAGCAACGGACCUUACUGAUAGUAAGAUCACCCCAGAGGUCCAACACAUCCAAACUAGAUUGCUGGUGAUACUCGGACACAGUUUGGCUGCUCUGAGACAUUUUAGCCCUGACCUGCUGACCAUUCUACUCAACCCAAGCGUUGAUGUUUUGGAGUACCCCGUUCUCCUGAGUCUAGGGUUCAGUACCCCGGCUCUAGAUCAGGAAAUCCAACCCUCCUUCGGAAUGCUACUGUCCUGUGUUAAUACAUGCGUCCAACUCCUGAAUAAGCUGGAUUCCAAUCGGACUUUAUCAGUCGGUGAAUCCACACCCAGUAUCUUGGCCAUCGCUGGGCCGUCCGCCCCAAUCCAACAUCGAUGCAUGGACAGAUCCGUUAUCAUGUUUGUUCUUGAGACGGCGGUGGAGUUGAUGAUGGUACAGGGUCUACGCUGCCUCAAGGACCCAUCGCUUCCGAUCAGAGACAGACAGCUCCUCAAACGAGAACUGGGAACCGAGCUGGGUACUUUCCUUCAGUGUCUCCAGCGCCAUUUCCGCCGAGGGGGUGCCCCAACCUCUCCGAGUUCGGCCAGUCCCUCCAGUAUGCUUCGCACCCCGUCAUACUCUGCCUCCUCCUCUGUGCUCUCCAAGUCAAUGAGCCACGCCCUUUUCUCUGAAGCCCCCGAGCAGGCGUUUUUUCGUGUCGUGCAGCAUUUUAUGCAUCAGAUCUUACGGUAGCGCUGCCACGGAGUACCAGUUAAAGAUGAUAGCCAGGAUUCCAUCAAGGGUAGCCUGCUGGACACUAACAAAGUAAAAUAUAGCUUGGAAUCCAUCCAUUCUAUCAUAGGGAUGAAACAGAACUUAUGGUUGCAGUGUGUUUGGGUAUGAGCCAAGAAAGAUUGCCCUGCUGGGCACUAAGAAAAGAAAAUAUAGCCUGGAAUACAUUCUUUUCAUCAAGUAUUUAAAUCCAUUGAGCUUCACCAUAGAAACGGACUAACAACGAUGUACGUAUAUAUGGGUAUAUGGGUAUCAUGUACUAUGCGUGCCUCUUGCACUGCCCUGCGCCAGACACAAAAUACAAGCCCAGAUGGUAAAAACUUGUGUAAGUUGUAUAAU